ACUGUUGCUAUUUCAGUAAAACUUUGGACAAAACCCAAGACCUUACCUAAGAAAAUUACUUGAAAAACUUCAUUAUGAGCUUCAUAUUACAGUAAAGCAGUUUUUCAUGUGCUACUAUACCAAUUUAGCUUUCCUCCUCCUCCUCCUCAUAGUGACAUUCCUUUUAAUAUUUUUAUUUAUUGAAGAUAUCAAAAUUAUAUAUCAUAUGCAGCUUAAUUUUCUCUCUCUCUCACGGACACACAUCAUAAAACUGACGUCCCUUUCAGUCAUUACAUAUCUAAACAUGCUUUGUAUCAUUCAAACAAGUUUUAAUUUGCCAAACCGACUCUUUUGUUAAACAAAAAACUGUAUGAAUAUAAAUAACAUCACAAUAGCUGACAUUUGCCUAAAUUUCAGUUUGCAAACUCUAGUUUAUCCAAAUGCUGUUUCACAAACUUCAAAACCAAACACACACUAACCGUUUAUGGGAUGUUGCUUGACGCUCGUGGGCUUCUUGACGUAGAUUAUGACCUCAAAAAAGUUGCCAUUGUUAGUUCAAGUGAGUUUGAGCAAGUUAUUGUUUCUUCCCAAGCGUCACUUCCACAUUCACCUCAGACCUCCAAGGUCAAACCAAAGCCUUAAGAAGUACCUAGAUUGCAAUCACCCAGCCAAGGUUCUCCUACUGUUUAGGUACUUGCUUAGAGAAAGAGCCUCUUCCAUUGAUAGCUUCUCUUUCUUGUUUGCUCUCAAGGCUUGCACCCACAAAAAGCAUUCCACCAGCCUUGGAAACCAAAUUCAUUGUCUCAUCAUAAAGUUUGGAUUCGAAACAAUAGUUCAACUCCAGACAUGCCUUCUGAAAAUGUACUCUGACUGGGGAAAGCUGGAGGACGCCCACAAGGUGUUUGAUGAAAUACCUCGUAAAAAUAGUAUAUGUUGGACGUCUCUGAUUUCUGCUUAUGUUGAAAAUCAGAGACCCUGCAAAGGCUUACAGCUGUUCAGACAGAUGCAGAUGAACAAUGUGGAGCCUGACCAAGUCACAGUUACUGUUGCUCUCUCUGCCUGUGCUGACAUUGGGGCACUUGAAACAGGUGAAUGGAUCCACAAUUUUCUUAGAAGAAAAAAAGGUCUAAACAAAGAUUUGACCCUGAAUAAUGCUCUUAUUAAUAUGUAUGCUAAAUGUGGGGACAUCAUGGCUGCAAGGAGAUUGUUUGAUAGCACUAGAAACAAAGAUGUUACAACUUGGACAUCCAUGAUUGUGGGGCAUGCGCUGCAUGGGCAGGCAGAAGAAGCUCUUGAGCUUUUCUCAGAAAUAAGCACAAGGAGAAACAGUAAAACACCGAAUUCUAGCAAUUGUCUCAUAGUCCCAAAUGAUGUGACGUUCAUAGGAGUUUUAAUGGCCUGCAGCCAUGCAGGGUUGGUUGAGGAAGGGAAGCACCAUUUUAUAAGUAUGACUGAAAGUUAUGGUAUACGACCUAGAGAGCCUCACUUUGGUUGCAUGGUGGAUCUUUUUUGCAGGGCCGGAUGUUUGGGAGAUGCUUAUGACUUCAUUAUGGAGAUGCCUGUGAGGUCAAAUACAGUAAUGUGGCGAACCUUGUUGGGGGCAUGCAGCCUCCAUAGCAACAUAGAGCUAGGCGCAGAAGUUAGGGGGAAGCUACUUGAGUUGGACCCCGAUUAUGUGGGUGACUCUGUUGCGAUGUCUAAUAUCUACGCUGAUAAAGGCAUGUGGAAUAAGAAAAUGAUUGUCAGAAAUCAGAUAAAAAAGUCAAGAUCUCCUGGUUGCAGCUUGAUAGUGGUGGAAACCGAGGUGAAUGAAUUUGUGACAGCGGAUGAUAGUCAUGCUCUGAAAACAGAGAUAUAUGAUGCUCUUGAGCAUUUGACUAGGAACAUAAAAGCUUAUGGCUACAUGCCAAGGCAUUCAAACCCUUGAAGAGUGGUUCAAAUGUCCAAGAAAAUUCUGGAGCUCUUCUGAGAUGUUUUGCAAUUGCAGCCACAGGAGCUAUCAUGGUUGCUUGGAAAGCAAGGCUUCUGGUAGAGCAUGUGGCUUUUGGGGCUCAUCAUCCACAGUUAAUGGACCUUUUCUUUUUGUUUGCUCUUGAGUAGUGAGAGGAAAAUUAAUGUGUCACGGGGAUCUGUUGUUGGAACUAUUUAUUGCCAAGGUCCUGAACCCAAAGUCCUGGCCUCGCUCAUCAUCCCCGACACUCAGACAUAUGAUCUGUUGAAUUGCAUGAUCUUGACCAUUUGGUUGGAACCGAGCUGUGUGGGCUUACCCAGAUGAUGAUUUGUGGGUACGAUGAAGAGGGUCAAUAGGAAUCCAUAUGACGUGGCAGAAAAGCUCUCAAAUUUGGUCAGCCGCAGAGACUUUUCAGGAGGCUCUGACAAAAAAUGUGGGCUUAAUUUGAAGCAAUCGAUUGGGUUCUUCCUGCUUUGUUUGAUGCUCUUCUCUGCAUUGCUUUCAGUGUCGAUGGUUCUCCAAGAGCCCCCUUCAGAUGACGUUGCUGAGGCAUCUACGUCUGAUAUAUUUCAGCCUAAACAAAGUGAAGGUUUGAACCAAGAUUUCUCUCAUUCUGUUGAGUUGCAAAGAAAUGAACCCCUGGGUGGUCUUCUUGCUGUUGGAUUUGAUAAAAGGUCUUGUCUCAUCAGUUAUAUGUCAGGCACAUAUGGCAAAGGGCUAUCAGGAAAGCUUUCUUCUUAUCUCAUCUCUACGCUUAGAAAACAUGAAGCUCUCCAUAAAGAAUGCUGACCUUAUACUGAAUCCUAUAACAAAACAGGGAAAGAGCUCAAGCCUGGGCAUUUUACUGCGUCCUGAUUGUAAAUAUAUAGUUUGGAUUUCAUUUAGUGGGUUAGGAAAUCGGAUAUUGACCUUAGCUUCUGCAUUUCUUUACGCUCUUCUCGCAAAUCGUGUCGUACUGGUUGAUCCUGGAGUUGAUAUGAUAGAUCUGUUUUGUGAACCAUUUCCUGAUAUUUCCUGGUUUCUCCCUCCUGAUUUGCCCUUGUGAACCGAAAUGCACAAGCUCAAUCAGCAAUCUGCUCAAUGUUAUGGGAAGAUGCUGAAAGACAAUUCAAUUACAAAUUCCACAGUACCAUCUUAUGUCUAUCUUCAUCUAACCCAUGAUUAUGAUGAUCACGAUAAGCUGUUCUUCUGUGAUGAAGACCAAAGUCUGCAGAAAGUAGCCUGGUUAAUGAUGAAAACAGAUAAUUACUUCAUCCCAUCUCUAUACUUAAUGCAUUCUUUUGAGCAGGAACUGAACAAUCUCUUCCCAAAGAAGGAUACAAUUUUCCACUUCUUGGGUAAAUAUCUAUUCCACCCCACCAACAUUGUAUGGGGACUUGUCACUAGGUACUAUGAAGCUUAUUUAGCUAAAGCUGACGACAGAUUAGGCAUCCGGAUUAGAGUGAUUCACAUAGAAACAGGACUCUGACCCAAAAAAAAAAAAACAAUAAAGAGACGUAGAAACAGGUCCAUUUCAACAUGUAUUGGAUCAGUUAUUAUCCUGUACUUUGAGAGAGAAUAUUUUGCCUGACGUAAACAGGAAGCAAGAUACUGUGAGUUCAUCAGAAAAGCGACCAUCAAAAUGAGUACUGAUUACAUCUUUAAGCUCAGGAUAUUUUGAAAAGGUAAGGGACAUGUAUUGGGAGUAUCCUACGGUGACAGGACGGGUGGUUGGCAUAUAGCAGCGAAGCCAUGAAGGGUAUCAACUAACAGAGAAGAUGCAUAACCAGAAAGCUUUGGCAGAGAUGUAUCUGCUAAGCUUACCCAAUGUGCUGGUUACUAGCUCAUGGUCAACUUCUGGGUGCGUGGCUCAAGGCCUUGGAGGCUUGAAGCCAUGGGUACUGAACAAGUCGGAGAAUUGAACAUCCCCGGAUCCUCCUUGCUAUGUGAAUGGGGCCAUGCUUCCAUGCUUCUCCCUUCUAUGACUGCAAGGCCGCGAGAGGAACUGACACAAGUGCACUUGUUCCACAUAUAAGGCACUGUGAGGGUAUGAGUUGGGGUAUCAAGGAUGUUGACAAUUAAGGUUAUUUAACUGUGUUGUUACAUUAUGAUUAUCAAAGUUCUGCUUAAAGCGAUGCAAAUUUUGUCGUGCAGUUGACUUUUGUUAUGGACACUAUUGGGGAAUAAAGUGAUGUGCAUAUGAACGUACCA